CCGCGUUCAGUCGGGGCUGACGUCGCCGGGAGAAGGUCGCCUGAGAGUCUGCGGCUCCAGAGACAAAGGGGAAAGCGGACAGCGGGGGCGGCGGCGGCGGUUGGCCUUUGCGGGGGAAGGAAAAGGCCGAGAAGGAGUUCCCAUCCUCCCCCCCGGAUCCGCAGAGCGUCGAGGAGAAACCCACGCUCUCCCUCGCUCCCGUUCCGCCAUCAUGGAGGUGCAGAAGGAGGCGCAGCGCAUCAUGACGAUGUCGGUGUGGAAGAUGUACCACUCGCGGAUGCAGCGCGGCGGCCUCCGCCUCCACCGCAGCCUCCAGCUCUCGCUCGUCAUGCGCAACGCCCGCGACCUCUACCUCUCGGCCAAGCUGGAGGAGGAGGAGGAGGAGGAGCAAGGAGAGGGAGAAGGAGAAGGGGCCCGAGGCGGGAUGGGGGCCUGCGGAGGGGGCCUGGUGGAGGCGGUCCCGGUCCAGCAGGAUCCCCGGGCGCCGUGUGACGCCAGCGCCGCCGAGCCGGAGCCCAUGGAGACCCAGGAGGAGCCCGAGGGCGGAGGCGGCGGCGGCGGAAGAGGAAGCGAGGCCCACCCGCCGCCCUGGCGCCCCUCGGCCAAGCCCAGCCGCAAGCGCCGGAGCAGCAGCCUGGGCAAGAUGGGCGCCUCCGAGGACGCCGAGGCCGGCCUGGUGCCCAGCAAGAAGGCCAGGCUGGAGGGGGAGGAGGGCGAGCGGCCGCCCCAGGGACAGGAGGGGCCCUUCCCCAGCCUGGCCCGCGUCCUCCAGGACCGCUUCUCGGGGCUGAUCCCCGCUACGACGGCGGCCGCGACGGCGCCGGGCCCCGAGGAGGCCAAGGGCGGCUGCUGCCGGCAAGGCGAGGGGGUCCUGAGCAUCCUGGUGAGGGCCGUGGUGGCCUUCUAGCCCGCCCUUCUUCCGCCAGGCAGAGACUCGGAGCUGGAAAAGACGGAGGAGGAGGAGAAGCAGCAGCGGAGCCCGCGGGAGACCCUCCGCGAGGAGGAGGAGGAGGAGGGAGGCCUCGCCAUUGCCAUUGCCGCCAGUGAGGGAGGCUGCGGAGGGAGGGAGGGAGGAGGAGAGCCUCCUCUGCCCUGCUGGCGGCCCAGAGCACAGGCAGCCAAGGACUGGGCGCCCCCGGCCUCAGAGGAGGAGACGGCCGAGAAUAACUCUGGGCAAGGGCCACGUUUCCUGGCCGGGAAGCCAGCGGACACUGGGGCUGUGCCCCUGACAGCCGGGCUGGGUUUAUCCUGCCUUGCCUUAAGGCAGCUCUGGGUGGGCUUUUUGGUUCUCAGCCCCAACACACACUACACGACUCCCUCCCCCUUUGCCCUUUCUGUAUGAGAAGGGCCUUCUUGGGGGAAGCAGCUCCUGUUGCUGGGAUGGUGGGGGGGGGCAGUGGUGUAUUUCGUUUUCCCCCACCCCACCCCCGGUCUUUGUGCCAGAGAAGAUCUCAGCACCACAUUUGGCUUUGUGUGUUGUGUGUGGGGGGGGGGGGAGGAGGAAAGGAAGGGGAAACGGGACCAGUCAUACUGGUUAUGACACAUCUCUCAUAUGACUCGCAUUUGCAUUCUUACACUGGGGCCAGGAGUGCUGGGGAUUUCCUGUUCAUGUUGCCUUAGCAGACUCCGUGUGUGUGUGUUUUCCGUGGGGCUUUUUAGGUGUGGGUGGAGCCCUGAACCCACAGAAGGGAGCGGAAGCGGAGUGGUUCCCCCCUCAUUUGAGGUAUGUCAUCCUUUCCUCAAUGACGGAAGCUGUUGCUAUCUGUGGGGGAUAGUGAGGAGGAGCAUUGCUUCUGCCUCAUGACUUUGGUUGUUUUUCACCCCAGCAAGGGGCAUUUUGAGCAAUUCAACCUGUAUUCUCAGUGUCUUGUCUUCUUUAUUUUUUAAAAUCGGGUUCCUCAAUGAGAUUUCAUGACACCACUUUUGCCUUUUUGUUGUUGUUGUUCCUGAAGCAUUUCUUCUGCUUUGUUCUCAAAUGUACAAAGUUCCUAUUGUCUUGAAUUUAUCUACUGUGAGUGUGUAUGAGAGAGAAAAAUUUCAGACUGGUAAUCGAUGUAUGUCAGUGUGUUGCUAAAUGGUGUGCAAGACUGGUCACUGUCAAGGUACUUUGUAAUGCAAAAUGUAUGUAAUUUACAUUUGUCUUUCUGAUGCCUUGGAAGAGGGCAACAAUACUGGCUUAUUUGGUUCUGUUUUCUUACUUUCACAGUGUUUAUAUUUUUGGACACUGAAAUAAAGACAAUUUGAUUUUUUACAAA